AUGGAUAACUUUGAUUAAGGAGAAAAAGAUAAAUGGAUAUUAGAACAACAUUUAACUCCUCCAAAUAUAGCAGCAUAAUGUUUAACAUAAAUUUUAGAUAUAGAAGAAGAUUUAGAAACAAAAAUUAUAGGUGAUUUCGGAUGUGGGACAGGUAUGUUAACUGCAGGAAUGAUAUAUAUAGGUGCAAGAAAUGUUAUUGGAUUUGAAAUAGAUACUAAAUAUGCAGAAAUUUCAAACAAUGGCUUAAUUGAAAAAUUCGAAGAUUAAUCAAUGUUUGAUAUUAUUAAUAUAAAUCUUAAAUAAUGGAAUGUAAAAUGUAAAAUUUUUGAUAUUGUUGUUAUGAAUCCUCCUUUUGGGACUAAGGAUGAAGGAAUUGAUUCUUUAUUUUUAGAAAAGGCUUUUUAAAGUUGUAAUGGAAAUGUAUAUUCUAUGCAUAAAUCUUCUACGAGAAAAUUUUUAAUGAAAAAAGCAGAAUAAUAUAAAUAUGAAUUUAUUUUGCUUAAAUAAAUAAAGUUUCCUUUGCCAAAAAGAUUUAAUAAAUACCAUAAAAAAGAUAUAGGAUAUACUGAUGUAGAUUUCAUUUUGUUUAAACCCAAGAAAUGA